GCUGAGGUGCGGGAGGCGCUUGCGCGAGCGCGCGCUUCGCCGGUUGAAAGCGGAUCGGGGCAGGAGGCGGUGUCGCGGUGUAUGAAUAUUGAUUACGCGUCGCAGCGCCCUGCGCCCGCCCCUCUCGGCCGCCCGACGCUCGCAGCUCGCGCUUGGGCUCGCGAUGGGGAAGAAGUCCCGGGCGGUACCCGGCCGCAGGCCUAUCCUGCAGCUCUCUCCGCCGGGUCCUCGAGGUAGCACGCCGGGCCGGGACCCGGAGCCGGAACCGGACCCUGAGCCAGACUCGACGGCAGCGGCCCCCAGCCAGCCCGCCCCGGCGGCGGCGGCGACGACCACCACCACCUCGGUGACUGCCGCCGCAGCCCCGGACGACUCGUCUUCAGAAGGCAAGGAUGAACAGGAAGUGGUGGUGGAGGUUCCUAGAGUUGUUCAGAAUCCUCCAAAACCAGUCAUGACCACCAGACCCACAGCCGUUAAAGCAACAGGCGGUCUAUGCUUACUUGGUGCUUAUGCUGACAGUGAUGACGACGACAAUGAUGUUUCCGAAAAGCCAGCACAAUCCAAAGAGACAAAUGGAAACCAGUCAACUGAUAUUGAUAGUACAUUAGCCAACUUCCUAGCGGUUAGUGGUGCUUUGGUUUGGGGUUUUAGUUAUUUUGAUUUUCUUCUAGUCGGAAUUGAGAUGGGAGAUUGGCAGGAAGUCUGGGAUGAGAACACGGGAUGCUAUUAUUAUUGGAAUACACAAACAAAUGAAGUGACUUGGGAGUUACCCCAAUAUCUUGCCACCCAGGUACAGGGAUUACAACAUUACCAGCCCAGUUCUGUGCCAGGUGCUGAAGCUAGUUUUGUGGUAAAUACAGAAAUAUAUACUAAGGAGAAAACAGUUUCUAUUUCCAGUAGUAAAAGUGGACCAGUCAUAGCCAAGCGAGAAGUUAAAAAGGAAGUAAAUGAAGGAAUUCAGGCUCUCUCAAAUAGUGAGGAGGAGAAGAAAGGGGUGGCAGCAUCACUACUUGCUCCUUUAUUGCCUGAGGGAAUAAAAGAAGAAGAAGAGAGAUGGAGAAGAAAAGUAAUUUGUAAAGAAGAGCCAGUUUCAGAAGUAAAAGAAAUAAGUACAACAGUAGAAGAAGCAGCAACAAUGGUAAAGCCACAGGAAAUUAUGUUGGACAAUAUAGAAGACCCUUCUCAGGAGGAUCUUUGCAGUGUUGUCCAAUCUGGAGAAAGUGAGGAAGAAGAGGAACAAGAUACCCUUGAACUAGAGCUAGUUUUGGAAAGGAAAAAGGCAGAGUUGCGAGCCUUGGAGGAAGGAGAUGGUAGUGUGUCGGGGUCUAGUCCACGUUCUGAUGUCAGCCAGCCAGCAUCUCAAGAUGGAAUGCGUAGGCUUAUGUCUAAAAGAGGAAAAUGGAAGAUGUUUGUUCGAGCUACCAGUCCCGAAUCUACCAGCAGGAGUUCUAGUAAAACUGGACGAGAUACUCCAGAAAAUGGAGAGACUGUAAUUGGUGCUGAAAAUUCAGAAAAAAUAGAUGAGAAUUCAGAUAAAGAGGUGGAAGUAGAAGAAUCUCCAGAGAAAAUAAAAGUACAGACCACACCAAAAGUAGAAGAAGAACAGGAUUUGAAAUUUCAGAUUGGAGAACUGGCAAAUACCCUGACAAGUAAAUUUGAAUUCCUAGGCAUUAAUAGACAAUCCAUCUCCAACUUUCAUGUGCUGCUCUUACAGACUGAGACUCGAAUUGCAGACUGGCGGGAAGGGGCUCUUAAUGGAAACUACCUUAAACGAAAACUUCAGGAUGCAGCAGAACAACUAAAACAGUAUGAAAUAAACGCCACUCCUAAAGGCUGGUCCUGCCACUGGGACAGGGAUCAUAGACGGUAUUUCUAUGUAAAUGAACAAUCGGGCGAGUCUCAGUGGGAGUUUCCAGAUGGUGAAGAGGAAGAAGAUGAAAGCCAAGCACAAGAAAGUAGAGACGAGACUCUUGCCAAACAGACAUUGAAAGACAAAACUGGCACUGAUUCAAAUUCUACAGAAUCCUCUGAAAAUUCCACAGGUUCUCUUUGUAAAGAACCCUUUUCUGGUCAAGUUUCUUCUUCAUCACUUAUGCCAUUUACUCCAUUCUGGACCCUCCUUCAGUCAAAUGUUCCUGUGCUUCAACCUCCAUUACCCUUGGAAAUGCCGCCCCCCCCACCUCCACCUCCAGAAUCACCUCCACCCCCUCCUCCACCACCUCCUCCUGUGGAAGAUGGUGAGAUCCAGGAGGUAGAGAUGGAGGAUGAGGGAAGUGAGGAGCCCCCUGCGCCAGGAACAGAGGAGGAUACCCCUUUGAAACCUUCAGCACAAACCACAGUUGUAACUACCCAGAGUUCAGUGGAUUCCACCAGUUCUAGUUCUCCUUCCACUAAAGGGAUAAAGAGGAAAGCUACAGAAAUUAGUACUGCAGUGGUUCAGAGGUCAGCCACCAUUGGCAGUUCUCCAGUUCUCUAUAGCCAGUCAGCUAUAGCUACAGGUAAUUGCCGGGCGCUGUGGCUCAAGCCUGACAAGGCAAAGAAGAGUAAGACCAAAAUGCCAUCUUUGGUAAAGAAGUGGCAGAGUAUCCAGCGUGAGUUAGAUGAAGAGGACAAUUCUAGUUCCAGUGAAGAGGAUCGGGAAUCAACUGCACAGAAGCGAAUUGAAGAGUGGAAACAGCAGCAGCUGGUUAGUGGCAUGGCAGAGAGAAAUGCUAAUUUUGAAGCCCUUCCUGAGGAUUGGAGAGCAAGACUAAAGAGAAGAAAAAUGGCUCCAAACACAUAGUUUUUAAGUUUUUAAAACUUUUUUUGUAUUAUUUGUUUUGUGUUCAAAGUCUUAACCAGUUUUAUUGUUGUCAAAUAAACUACAAAUGUUAUGGGGGAGACCAUAGGAAUUUCCUGGGCAAGAGUGUAUGCAUACAAAGUUUCACUUCUGUGAAAUGUAAUUUUUCUGUUUUGCUAAAGGGUGAGGUGAUUGGAAUUGCUUUGACCAUGCUGCAUUUAUUCUCACACUGGCAAACUUAGCAUGGUAGGUACAUUAACCUCAUCAGUCUUGAAGAACAUGUGGCUGAUGAAUAUGACACCUCUGUAGAGGACUCCCUGACUUUUAAAAGUGAAGGAUUAACUUCUCCAGAACAAGUGCAAUUCAGAAGGCAGCUCUGCAUUCUACCUUGCUUGACUGGGAUUAUCUGGAUCUCUUUCUGGCCGCUUCCUGUAGUCGGCCACCUCUGAAGUGCUGAGGUCUAAGUGGUUUACCUUGUGCUGAUAGAUGGCCACACUCUUUAGAGUAGUUCUCAUAAAUUCUAGAACUGGUAGCUCAUUUCGCACACUAGGUGGCAUACAAACAGCAGCAUUGGCAGCAGGUGUUCAUAUCCUUGAUUUUGAGAAUUUCCCCUCAACUAUGUGGCUGGCAGUAGAUGCAACAAGAGACAUUCUGUGUAUUAAUGUCUCCAUUGUCUUAACCCUGUUUCAAAACAAAAUUCACCUCCUUUCUUUAUGUGAAUGUAUUCUCCAUAAAAUUCCAGUAUUUAAAAAGCAGUUUACCAUUCUGUACUUUGUAUUGUAUCACAAUCAGGUAAAAGUCACUUUAAACUGAGGAAAAGACAAAUUGUGUUUUAAAGCUCUUUGUAUUUCUCCAGUUUCUGACCUUGUAAAUUUGUAUAUAUGCACUAAUAAAGCUUUUUUUAUAAUUCUGA